GAGAUCGAGCACUGCUACUACCACGGCACGGUGCACGGCUACCCGGGCGCCGUGGCCGCCAUGCGGACCUGCAACGGCAUCUCGGGCGUCAUCCAGAUCGGCAACGAGACCUUCAUCAUCCACCCCUUCUUCGGCGGCGACAUGUCGUCGAAGCACCCGCACCUGGUUUACGAGGCGCCCAGCCUGACCACCCAGGCGUGCGCCAACACGCGCAUGUACGAGUGGGGCCUGCGCAACUACCGCGACCUAUCGGACGUGCCGCCGCCCGAGUGGGCCGGCCAGGCGCCGCGCGCGCCCAGAGACGUCCGCAUGGUCACCAAACACAUCGAGCUGGCGCUGGUGCUCGACAAGGCCAUGUUUGACCUGCGGAACGCCUCCACCCGGGAGAGCGUUAUCCACGACGCCAUCCAAAUAGUGAACAUCGCCGACCAGUACUACAAGACGCUGAACACGCGCAUCUCACUGGUGUACAUCGAGACGUGGUCGGCCGAGAACCAGGCCACCGUCAGCCCGGCCGAGGAGAUCCAGCAGGCGCUGCUCAACUUCAAGGACUACGGCAGCCGCAAGCUGUUCCAGAUCUCCCGCGACACCACUCACCUGCUCACCGGUGCGCGGUUCAAGUACCGUAAGACGGGGAUGGCGGUGCCGCGUCAGAUCUGCAACGACAACUCAUACGGGGUGACGGUGGACAGCAACGUCUACGAGCCGCACGUCACGGCCAGCACCAUGGCGCACGUGCUCGGGCACGUCAUCGGCAUGGCACACGACGACCGCGAGGGCUGCACCUGCUCCGACUGGCACGGCUGCAUCAUGUCGGCCAACAUCGUCGGCAAGGACAGCGUGCAGCCGUACAAGUUUUCGCAGUGCUCGCGGCUGGACUACCACAAGGAGCUGGAGCGCUCGCACGGCCUGUGCCUGUUCAACCGACCCAACGAGGUCUCACUGAAGAUCCGGAACUGCGGUAACGGUAUCGUGGAGGACGGCGAGGACUGCGACUGUGGCACCGUGGACAGUGCCGAGUGCGCGCGACUGGACCCGUGCUGCGACCACAUCACCUGCAAGCUGCGCGACCAGGCCGAGUGCUCGUCGGGGCCGUGCUGCGACAACUGCAAGCUGAGGGCGCGGGGCACGCUGUGUCGAAAGGCGGCCACCGAGUGCGACGUGCCCGAGUUCUGCGACGGUCACAAGGGCACCUGUCCCAUGGACAUCCACAAGAAGAACGGCCUGGUGUGCGCCGCUGGCGAGGGCUACUGCUUCAACGGCAUCUGCCCGGCGCGCAACCAGCAGUGCGCCCAGAUCUGGGGCUACG